UUCUGGAUGCUGAGCCGCCGCGUCGUCGGCAUGCAGGCAGCGCUGCAGGAAGUGCCUGCGAGUUCAUGCGAGCAGCCUCCGCUCUGAGGCCGCGCUCGCCCAGCAGGUUCCUUCUGGCGCGGCUCACGGAGGAAUCGGGCCGAGCGACCCUUUCUCCCGCCCGGAGCAGGCGGCAGCCCGCGACGCGUCCCAGCGCCAGCUGCAAAGGAGCGCCUCCUCCUCCUCCUCCUCCUUCUCCUUCUCCUCCUCCUGCGAUGCCGGGUUGCAUUGCUCCUGAAGCCGGCCGAGAGGCGUCGGCUUGCGUGAAUGGGUGGGAUUUAUGCCUUUUUAAUUAGGGGCUUCCAGCUCGGUCUUCCAAGUGGCCGGUGGCUUUUUUAUAAGGAUAGCCCUACAGUUCAAGAUGUACACGUUUGUGGUGCGAGAUGAGAACAGCAGCGUCUAUGCUGAAGUCUCUAAAAUCCUGCUCUCCACCGGACAAUGGAAGAGACUCAAGAGAGACAAUCCCAGGUUCAACCUCAUGUUGGGCGAGAGAAACAGGCUGCCCUUCGGGAGACUGGGUCAUGAACCUGGACUUACACAGUUGGUGAACUACUACAGAGGAGCUGAUAAACUUUGUCGAAAAGCUUCUUUAGUGAGACUAAUCAAGACAAGUCCUGAAUUGGUGGAGUCUUGCACAUGGUUUCCAGAAUCCUAUGUGAUUUAUCCAACCAAUUUGAAGACACCAGUAGCUCCAGCAGAGAAUGGGCUUCAUCACCUGAUACACAACUCAAGAACAGAUGAAAGGGAAGUCUUCUUGUCAUCCUAUCAGAAGAGGAAAGAGAGUGGAGAAGGAAACGUGUGGAUAGCCAAAUCUUCAGCAGGAGCCAAAGGUGAAGGAAUUCUUAUUUCUUCGGAGGCUACUGAACUUCUGGACUUUAUAGAUAAUCAAGGACAAGUGCACGUGAUUCAGAAAUAUCUGGAGAAGCCUAUGCUCUUAGAACCAGGUCAUCGCAAAUUUGAUAUUAGAAGUUGGGUCCUAGUGGAUCACCAAUAUAGUAUCUACCUCUAUAGAGAAGGCGUUUUACGGACCUCUUCGGAACCUUACAAUAGUGCUAAUUUCCUGGACAAAACCUGUCAUUUGACCAAUCACUGCAUACAGAAGGAAUAUUCUAAAAACUAUGGAAGAUAUGAAGAAGGGAAUGAAAUGUUUUUUGAAGAGUUUAAUCGGUAUCUGAUGAAUGCUUUGAACGUUACUUUGGAAAAUACAAUCUUACUGCAAGUCAAAAAUAUAAUAAGAAGCUGCCUUAUGUGUAUAGAACCUGCUAUCAGCACCAAACAUCUUCAUUAUCAGAGUUUCCAGCUCUUUGGUUUUGAUUUCAUGGUGGAUGAAGACAUGAAGGUUUGGCUAAUUGAAGUCAAUGGUGCUCCUGCAUGUGCCCAGAAACUCUAUGCAGAGCUUUGUCAAGGUAUAGUGGAUGUAGCCAUCUCUUGCAUCUUUCCUCUAAAUGACACCAUUCAGAAACAGAGCCAACCAUCCGUAUUUAUAAAGUUGUGAUGAUUAAGAUAAAAUGAACACAUGGGAAAGCUGCCACCUGUUUGGAUCCAGGGAAGAUCAAGAAACAUUGAACAUUGAAUCUGCAUGUCAUGCCAAAAAAAAGAAGGGAAAAAGUGGCAUAAUUUUUUUUUAAUUUCAGAAGAGGAACAGCUCUCAUCAACUCCAAAUGUUUUAAAACAUUGUUUCAAUAAUAAAUCCUGUAACCGAAGCCAAUCUUUAUGUUUGAGGACAACAUAAUCUUUUUUUAAAUUUAAGCAGAAUCAGGGGUAUGAUCAAGUUCGUCUUCACCUAUCUUUUUCCUUCUAAUUUAGUAAAUUAUUUCAGCAAAUGCAAGUACCAGUAUCCUUGAGAGGCUGAAGGUUUUUCCACCAAGAGUUGUAGAUUUUUUCUUUCUUUACCUGCUGCAGUUCUAGUGCCUUAGCUUUGUUCCCAAUAACUCUCCAAAUUUGCUUUGUUUGUACAGUGUUGCUUUUAAACUGAAACAAAAAAGCUGCCCUGUUUUGUGUGGUAUAAAAUUUCUUGAAUAUC